AUGGCCGACGACGCGCAGCAUGAGCACACCUUCGAGAGCGCCGAUGCCGGUGCCUCCUUGACCUACCCCAUGCAGUGCUCUGCCUUGAGGAAGAACGGCUUCGUCGUCAUCAAGAACCGCCCUUGCAAGAUCGUCGAGAUGACCACCUCCAAGACUGGCAAGCACGGCCACGCCAAGGUCCACUUGGUUGCCAUCGACAUCUUCACCCAGAAGAAGCUCGAAGAGUUGUGCCCUUCGACCCACAACAUGGAUGUUCCCAACGUCCGCCGUCAGGAAUACCAGCUCCUCGACGUUACUGACGACGGUUUCUUGUCCUUGAUGUCCGACGAUGGCUCCACCAAGGACGACGUCAAGCUCCCCGACGGCGAGGCCGGUGACAAGAUCAACAAGCUCUUCACCGACGAGGGCAAGGACACCAACGUCAUUGUUCUCACUGCCAUGGGUGAGGAGACCGCCAUCGAUGCUAAGGAAGCCCCCAAGUCCGGUUAA